AUGGACAACAACUUGGUAACGGCGGCCAUCACCGCGCAAGAGCCGCCCUUGCCGCCGGCGUCAACGCUUGGAAGCAUCGCCAGCCGGUGGCGCGAGCUCCAUGGCGCCAGGUCGUGGCACGGGCUGCUGGACCCCAUCGACGACGACCUACGCGCCUUCGUCAUCGCCUACGGCGAGCACGCGGCCGCCGCCUACGACGGGUUCAACGCCGAGAGGCGGUCACCCCGCGUUGGUUCCUGCCUGUACAGCCGCGCCAAUCUGCUCGCCGCCUGCGGCGUGUCCAGCCCGGGGCACUACGCCGUCACCAAGUUCCUGUACGCGCCCUCCGGGCUGUGGCUGCCGGAGAGCACAUCGGCGUCCCCGGCGACACUAGCAGCGACCGAGCCGUUCUUCGUGCGGCCGCUGCGGGAGGGGCCACUGUGGAGGGAGACCAACUGGAUGGGGUAUGUGGCAGUGGCGACGGAUGAGGGGGCGGCGGUGCUGGGGAGGCGCCACAUUCUCGUGGCGUGGCGUGGCACCGUGACGAAACUGGAGUAUUUGAACGACGGAGACUGGCUGCACGCGCCCGCCGCGAAGGUGCUCGGCCACUCCAUGGCGGCCGCCUACAAGGAUGCCAGGGUGCACCAUGGAUUUCUGUCCGUGUACACGUCCGCGGACAAACAAUCCAAGCACAAUAACACCAGCGUCCAAGAUCAGGUCCGCGAGGAGGUGCAGAGACUAUUGCAGGUGCACAAGGACGAGGAGGUCAGCAUCACCGUGACGGGUCACAGCCUAGGCGCGUCGCUUGCAACCCUCAACGCCGUCGACAUGGUGGCUGACGGCAUCAAUGUACCUCCUGCCUACUCCAAGCAGUCAUCGUGCCCUGUGACGGCGAUCCUAUUCGCAAGCCCACGCGUUGGGUAUGGCGGAUUCAAGGCCGCAAUCGCCUCAUUCCCCGAUCUCCGCGCCCUAAGUGUGAGGAACGAAUUUGACCCUGUGCCCUCAUUGCCAAUGAUUGGGUACGAGGAGGGCACGGCGACGGAGGUGUUGUGUAUCAACACGACCAAGUCACAAUGCCUACGCAAGUUCUCCAUCGACUUGUUCAGGUUUUGGAAGGACCACCACAACCUCGAGGUCUACCUGCACGGCAUUGCCGGGUAUCAAGGUGCUAGCAAGGAGUUCCGCCUGGUGGUCAAUCGCAACGUAGCACUUCUGAACAAGUGGGCCGACUUGCUGAAGGAUGAGCACUUGGCGCCAGCGAACUGGUGGGUCGCUCAAAACAAGUGCAUGGUCAGGGGUGUGGAUGGCCACUGGAAAUUCGAUGACUAUGAGGACGACCAAUUAAGUGGUUAG